AUGUCACCAAGCAGGCGCAAUUACUCGCAAAUGCGGGACGCCGCCUUGAACAUCAGAGCAGACAGCGACGACGAGUACGCACAUUCAGAUAUAGACGCCGGCGAAGACGAGGCAUUGCAUAUACUCAUGGAAGAAAAUUACAACGAGGGUGCUUCGUAUGAUCAAAGCUCCACUGACCAAUUUGCAAACGAUGACGAGGACCCUAUAUGGCGAACUCAGGCUGAUAAUUUAUUCAGCGGGAAUGACAGCGACGGUGCAGAUGAGGGAGAGCAUGCCUCGUUACAAAUUCAGUUUGAUCCUGACAGCCAGGGCGAACACGUUGACUACCCACCACCACCUCCAUCUCCCGGGUUACCAUAUAAGAAGUACUCACACAAAGAGAAGUACGCCAAGCCAGCACUCAAAGACAAGCCAGGUGGCGAAUCAAUCGACAAUCUCAUAUCCUACUGUGAUAUGGUCGUCGACAUGAGCAAUAUCAGGUCCGCUCUUCGAAGUGUAGAGCUCUACCUUGGAAAAGGCCAACCCCGGGAGGCUGAUUCCGAGGCCCAGAAGGCUCGGGAUUUGGCAGAAAAGUAUGACGACAAACCAGUGCUCGCACGGUGCAGGUACUGGCAGGCUCGGGUGGAGUUUGCCCAAGGAAAAUAUGAUAAGGCGUACGAAUUAUUCAGCGAAUGCCAGUUAUGGAUCACCAAGCAACCCGAGGCUAGCACAAUGGCGUUUUACCUGCCACUCUGUCAGCCAGGAUUGAGCGACCAAGAGCGACAGCGCUUGCUGGAGGACGCUCAAAGACGUGCAAUGCAACCACAGAAGAUGCAAGCGGUUAUUGAAGUGCCAGACAACCGAGACUCGAAACGAAGAUGGGAGGAUAGCCUUCACUUGUUGUCGCAAGAUACCAUCCCACAGCCUAUGCAUCGGCGGCGAAUAGCCCGCCCCAAGUCCCUGCUCGAGAGGCAACCGGAAGAUUCCAGUGGACUUAAACUUGGUGGGAAGCAAAAAGUUUUCACUUUUGAGAUGCACCCCAAGGGCAUGGCAACAAGAUUCCGGCCGACAGAUAUUUUCUCUGAACAGCCUUAUGAGGUUAUUGUGCCACAAGAACAAUGGGAGGAUUUCAUUGACUAUCACAGGGACCAGAGCGUCACGUUGACUUAUCUGGAGAGGGAGAGACGACGGUACGAAACCGUCAUCCAAGAGAAGUAUAAUCAGCGCUAA